UGUGAAUGAAAAGGAUUGUAGUUAUUAUGAGAUGUUUUAUUUUUUAAUUUUAUUUCAAAAGUUUUUAGAAUCUUCUAACUCCAUUAACUUUCUGGAUUUAUCUAUUACCAGACUACAUGACCACUUCAACUUUGGUAUCUACCGUAAACCAACACAGACAGAUCAUGUUAUCCAUUCUACUUCUAAUCACCCUUUAUCCUAUAAACUCUCUGCUUUUCGCAGUUUUAUACAUAGAUUAAACUCUAUUUCUUUAUCCGUAACUGAAUUCAACAAAGAGUUGAAUAUUAUCAAACAGAUUGCAGUCAACAAUGGUUAUGACCCAGACAUCAUCAGUAAACUUCAACAAAAAAGAGAACUCAAGUUACUACAACAAUCCGCUUUCUCUACAUCAUCAACAACUACUCCCAUCUAUGCCUCCUUACCAUUCAAUAACUCCAAAUUAUCUGAAAGAGUCAAACAUAUCAUUUCCAAUUCUUGUGACAACAUAAAAAUAUCUUUCAAAGUUAAUAACACUCUCAGCAAAAGUUUAACUAAUACCAAAGAUCCUAUCCAUUAUAUGAACCGGAGUGGGGUAUACAGACUCUCUUGUUCAGAUUGUGAUGCCACCUACAUCGGCAGAACUUACAGAUCCCUUUCUACCCGAUCUGCAGAACACAGCAAGAGAGAUACCACUUCUGCCUUUUCACACCAUUUAAAAGUCAAUAAACAUGAACUUAAGAUUCCUGAAGGUGUCCAGUUGAUACACAAUAUUCAACAAAACAAUACACUCCGUUUAGACUUAUACGAAGAUUUGGAGAUUGUCAAGGACCUGAAGAAGAGUCCCAACUGUGUCAAUAGACAAACAUCCCUUAACCGCAACUUUGUCCCCAUUCACCGCCAAUUAUUCUCAUAAUUCCUAUUUUUUCAACUUCCUCUUUUUAUCCUAUUCUUUCUCUUUUAACUUACUCUCCCUUCUUUUUCAAAAUUUCCUCUUUCCUUCACUGCUUCCAAACUCCUUUACCCGACUAACAUUAUUAACUACUGAACCCUAUUAACCAUCACCUCAUUAAUUCACCCUACUAUCUUUUCACUUCUUUUUUCAUUUCAUUACUUUGUUCAGUUUAAUUCCACACCUCAUCUUUUCUUUAUCCCUCUCUUUCCCUUAAAAUUCUUGUCUUUAUACCUUACACCACAGCCCUCUACUUUUUGUCUUUGACCUUUUCCAGGUAAAUUUUUUACCUCUACAACUAACAUCCCAUCACUUAAUUUCAGUUCUCACAUUCAGAUCCAUUAUCAUUACAAUUAAAUUAUAUCAAUAUUCUUUUUCUUACUUUGGUUUUAUUUUAUUCAGUACACUUUCAAUAUUAUUUUCAUUUUAAUUUCAUUCUUGUAUCAACCCCUAACAACACACAACAUUCCAGGAAUGUACUAACAAAGUUCUAUCAAUAUUUGAAUGUCCUGGACAUUUAGGGAACAUUCGGUGAACAUCUGAUUAAAUUAUUCCUGGAAUGUUACCAUAAGACAUUCUGUGAACAUACUACCAAUGUUGCUAUAUGUUCAUGUUCAAAUUCACGGCGCAUGUAUUUGUGCAUGGUGCUUAGAGAGGGCAUCACGUGACUAAAAACGACCAAUGACCUCACUUCGGCGCUUCGGCCAUCUUGGCAUGCAUCUUGGCCUUGGCCGUUGGCCACCUUGCCGUGAUCGUUGUUUGUUUUUAUUUGUGCUUUUUAAGAAUAUUUUUUUAAUUCGGAUACUUUUAUAAUAACUUUAAUAGUAUUAUUAACAGUGCAUAAAAUCAGUUGGAGUAGCAGAAGCAAUGUAGAUAAAAAAUCUGCAGGAAUAACGUUUCAAAGGUUAGUACCUAUGCAAAUAUGUAAACAAAGGCAUGCCCCUAUUUCAGAAAAUAUCCAUUUAUUAUUUUAAUAAUUGCGAAUAAGCCACAAACUUGCUUAUUCCUAACUAAAAUAGUAAAUAGAGAUAAUAACAAACGGAUUAUUUGUAAAAUUAAAUUUUUUUUGCGUUUUUGCUAAUGUAUGCCUUUAUAAACAGGAUAAUAGACCACACACUAUAAUAGUACCAACUAAUGAAUACACAGUAUGAAUAGUAUAGUCGGUUCGCUAAACUUAGUCUCAGACACAACUGGCUAGUGAUUUUAGUAAAUAAUUUUGACAAUGGUAAAAUUGGCAAAAAAAUAAUAACUAAAUAGUAAUUUUGGCAAAAUUGGCCAAAAACAAAAAAAUUACCUACUUAAAUCACUAGCCAGUUGUGUCUAGGGAAACGACUAUACUAAUAAACAAUUUCUAAGCUGCUUUUUAUAAUAUUUUGUGAGUUCAUUAAUCAUAUUUUUUAUUUAAAACUAAAAUUUUUUUAAUAAUGCUCAGUAAUGCAUAUAUUUUGUAUUUUUAGCUUUCCAGAAGAUCCUGCGAAGAAGGCAUGAAGUAUUGAUCAGAUUUGUUAAUAGAGCAGUAUGUUCAAAACAUUUUUUAGAAAAAGAUAUUGACAGAACUUCACUUUCAACUGUUCGUUUGAGAGACCGUGCUGUUCCAAUAGCUUAUAUCACACAGAAUCAGCUGAGAGAAGUGGUCUACAAAAAACCAGGAAGGAAAUGGAAUAUGUGGCUAUGAAAGGCAAAAGAAAGGUUUACAAAGCAAAUGUGACACAUUUUUUUAUAGGAAUAUCAGUAAAUUACAUUAAAAGGUUUUU